AGCCAAUUGUCCUUUCACCACUAUAAUUCAAAUAACCCACCCUCCCUCACACGCUCUCCCAUGUGUCCAAACAUCUUUCAUUCGAUUCAAGUAUUGAAACCUACAGUUCUAUUCCAAUUCAUCAACCGAAUCUUUUAUCUCGAUCGAUUCCGCCUUUUCGUUUAGUCAACGUGUGAAGUACUACUGAAGCAAAUCACUUAAAUCACAGAGAUAACGAAGAAACCAGGCCAUCUUCUGAUUUCUACAAAUUUAGCAGUUUGAUUUAGUGGAAGAGCUAGUGUGAGAUAAACUGUUACUGCAUUCGAUUCCCGAAGGAGCUUGCGGGUGAUUUUUGAACAGAAUUGCUGCAGUAAUAGUAGUAGUUUGAUAUCUCUGUCAGUAUAUCUGUUGGUAGCCGGAGAAGUCUGCUUAAUUUUAAUUAGUUAAGAGUGAAGAAGACGUUUGGAUUGAUUGAUUGCACUCGAUGAAGUAGUUUUUUGAUGUAUAUGCUCAAUAAAUGGGAGAUGAUCGGAUGCUGAAGUAAAAGGAUUUUCUGAUGCAAUUAAAAUUGAUCCCAUAAUAUAGCUGUAGCAAUGGCUAGUGAGGCAAGCUCUUCUGGUCAAUGGCUUCAGCAAGAUUCUGGUUCUACUAUAUUAAAAGAUGGGGUAGUGGUGGGCAAGAGUUCGAAUAACAACAUAUCAUUAAGAACCGGUGAAGAGUUUUCCAUGGAGUUCCUUCAGGAUCGUGGUACAAGAAGAAUCCCUAAUGGACACGAUACAAACCCAAACCAUGAGAAAAUGGUUGGAUCAAAAAGUGAUGUCAGUGGUAAUCUUGGUUUCAAUGAGAUAAGUGGCAUGCUUGGGUUGCAAAGGAGGGAACCUGUAAUUCCAACUGAUAACAUUUCUGCAAAAGGGCCUCUUUCUAUGGCAAGUGCACCAGUCAAUUCCAUUCCAUCUCUGCCCCACCGAGCUUCAGGGUCGGGUGCUGUAAAUGAUUCUCAAAGAGGCAAGAUAAAGUUUCUCUGCAGUUCUGGUGGUAAAAUUUUGCCUCGACCUAGUGAUGGGAAACUAAGAUAUGUGGGAGGUGAGACACAUAUUUUUUCAAUACAUAAGGAUAUAUCAUUUGAUGAACUUGUCAAUCGAACUGGUAAAUUUUGCAAUCAGCCUCACACAAUCAAGUAUCAGCUUCCAGGAGAGGAUCUUGAUGCUCUUAUAUCUGUGUCUUCUAAUGAGGAUCUUCAGAAUAUGAUAGAGGAAUACAACGGGGUUGGAAUUCGUGAUGGUUCUUCACGACUCAGGAUAUUCUUGAUUCCUCUGACAGAAUUGGAAAGUACAGUUUCCAUUGAAUCCAAUGCUAAUCUGCAGAAUAGUCCAGAUUACCAAUAUGUAGCUGCUGUGAACGGAAUAGCUGAUGAUGGUCUGAAUAACUCGAAUGUCAUUUCACAUAUUUCUGAACCCCGAAUAUUGGUUGCACAACCUGAUCCAUCUCUUUUUGUUUCACCUGUUCUAAUGCCACAAAAUGAUCUGACUAAUAGUCAUGCACAAGUGUACGAUGACCCAUUAUCUGAUAGUAUUGAGAUCCCAAUACUCAAGGGUAGAGCUUUUCAUUCAGAAAAUCGUAUUUUACCCCCUUCUGAUCCAGUGAAUCUGUGUGUGGUGGGAUCCAAUGGGUCUCAACUGGGUAUACCACAUGCUUUUUCUGACCCACAACUCAAGGAACAUGGAUCAACCUCUGCUUUUGGCUCACAAGAUGGAUCAAAUUUUCCUUCUACACUGACCUAUCCACCACCACCACUACCUUCACAGCUGACAUCAUCCUUCUUUCAGGGGAGCUCUGUUGAACAACAUGAUAACUUUCCUCCACAAGUCUUGUUUGAGAUGCCAAAUUUUAAUCAUGAGUCUUUGAACAGAGUCCAUGAGGAUGCAAUGCACAGCCAUGAGACACACCAAGAUGUGAAACAAGAUCUAAGUCAGAAUGUUGGGCUGCAACUCCCAAAUAUUGUCUCUGCAUCAACAGAAAGAAAUAUGAGAACCACAACAAUGGCUCCCAAUUACAACAAUAUAUCUGAUGCUGACAAAUCCUUGAAUGAUCUACUCUCUCACCUAUCUCAUGGUUUAGUGCAACAAUCAAGUUCACAUAAAAAAGAAUCAAAUGGCCAAAAUCCUAACCUAAUUGAUGCACUGGAGUCAACACUGCAUGAUUCUUCCUUGAAGCAGAUUCCAACAACAGGUGCUGAGUUUAAAAAAGAAGUGAAUCUCAUUGAUGACAACUUUAAUUACACUGAACUUAAACCUGCUGAAUUGGGUAAUGAAGAAAGUCAAAAUAAGAUACAAAAGGAAAUCCCAUCAUCCAAGGUCAAGGAAGAAAUCCAACUGGAGUUGAAUGACCCUUUGGGAGAUGUGAAUGUUGCUAUUAGUCAUUCACAGUUGUUAAGUGCAGUUAGCAAUGAGGCUCUCCCUUCAAGUGAAAUAGAAGCUGAAGACAUUCACUUAGAAUCUGGCAUUGAGGAUGCUGCACCAGAAAAUGGAGGUAGUGGUGGCCCAUUUAAUAAUGCAUUAAUAGCAGAAAUGGAAGCUGAUAUGUAUGGUCUCCAGAUAAUAAAGAAUGCUGAACUUGAAGAAUUAAAAGAGUUAGGGUCUGGGACAUAUGGAACUGUCUAUCAUGGAAGAUGGCGAGGGUCAGAUGUCGCCAUUAAAAGAAUAAAGAAAAGCUGCUUUUCUGGGAGAUCAUCCGAGCAAGAACGCUUGACUAAUGAUUUCUGGAGAGAAGCUCGGAUUCUUUCAAAUCUUCAUCAUCCAAAUGUGGUUGCAUUUUAUGGGGUUGUACCAGAUGGAGCUGGAGGAACGUUAGCAACUGUUACCGAAUUCAUGACACACGGAUCACUUCGGAAUGUGUUGAUAAAAAAGGACAGAUCACUUGAUCGUCGUAGAAAGCUUAUAAUAGCCAUGGACGCGGCUUUCGGCAUGGAAUAUCUGCAUAUGAAAAACAUUGUUCACUUUGAUCUAAAAUGUGACAACUUGCUUGUUAAUAUGCGGGAUCCACAAAGACCUAUUUGCAAGGUUGGAGAUUUCGGGCUGUCAAGGAUCAAACGCAACACUCUAGUUUCAGGUGGCGUGAGAGGAACUCUACCAUGGAUGGCACCAGAAUUGUUAAACGGUAGCACCACCAGAGUCUCUGAAAAGGUUGAUGUCUUCUCCUUUGGCAUUACAAUGUGGGAGAUUCUAACUGGUGAAGAACCUUACGCAAACAUGCAUUGUGGGGCAAUCAUCGGAGGGAUAGUGAAGGAUACACUUCGGCCUACAAUACCAGAACGGUGUGAUCCCGAGUGGAAAAAGUUGAUGGAGCAGUGUUGGUCAGCGGACCCCACCGUUCGCCCUUCAUUUACCGAGAUCACAAAUAGACUGCGAACCAUGUCCAAAGCGCUCCAAGCAAACGGCCACAAAAAACCCCAACACGUAUAGUUCCGUUCACUAGAGUAUGUAUGUAUCUCUAUUUCGUUUUGUGUUUAUAUUGUAUCUAUUUAGUGUUCAUAUGUUACUUAUUGUGUGUUUACAUGUAUCUAUUCAUUUGUUCAUUCUUUCUUUCGCACACGAAAAAGAUCGAAAACAAGCCCUUAUUCCACCCUUUUUUAUAAGAUAAAACUUAUAUUCAGUGUCUUAUUAA